AUCUUAGGCCUACAUCUUGAGUUGGCCAUAUGGACUACUAGAACCCUGUUAGAUAUGAACAAAGAAAUAAGUAGAUAAGUAAGUAAAUAAGUAAAUAAUCAAACCAACAGGACCAAUAAGGGACUGGCCUUGGCGCUUAGCUCUGGAGUUUGUCUGGCAUGUGUGAGGAUGAGCUCCUCCAAUAGGGGACAGUAGAGACAGAGGAGGAGGGAAGACAGAGAGACAGCCAUAAAGAGUAAAACUGGUUUCAGGUGUCAAACACAGAGCAUAACAAAAUAAUAGAACGAGAAGGAAAAAUAUCCAAGAUGCCACUUACAAAUUAAGCAGGACUAUGCUUAAUUUCCAUUUUUAACACAAACAAAGGUUUUAAUUUUGAAAGAUUUCUUUUCCACCCCUAAUGACCUUUGAGGAUAAACUAAUCAUGUCUUAGAGACAUGGUUUCAUGGGUCCGGACUAGCCUGGAAUUCCCCUUUUCCACAGACUGGCCUAGUACUCCCCAGGCAGCAGGCUGACCUUGAACUCCUGAUCUCCCUGUCCUUGUCUCCCAACUUCUGGGGUUAGGGAUGUUCUAAAGUACUCACUCUAAUACUUUUUUAAAUUUCUUUCUGGGGAUGGAAGCCAUUGGCCUCCAGCAAGUGAGACAAACACUCUAUCCUUGGGGUGUUUCCUUAGAUCAAUUCUUUGCACGUGAUACCAUAUAAAUCUAAUAUCGAUUUUUGAUUAAGUUAAAAACUAGCCGUAUACAAAAAUUGAGCCACUGGUUUUAUUAGCAACCUUGACCUCCAACGAACAACUCAAGUUUCACUUUGUUAAUUUCCAUUUCCAUUUUAUUUUGGGAAUGAAGAAAAGGUUUAGGACUUGGUAUGUGGGGAUGGAGCAAAGAAUCCAUGAGUAUGUAGGAAGGGGUUGGGAAAACGGUUUUCCUGUUUCUAUCUUUGGACAAAAAUCAGGCUAUCCAAACAAUAAAGACAUGCCAAGGUCGAUUUCUCCUCUCGACCACCACCACCCAAUAACACCUGUGUGCAUACACACGCACAUGCACACUGGCACACAGGUGGGUUCUUGAAGGUUGAGGGUCACACCUUGCCUGGGCCCCGCCAUGCCUGGGUGGGGCUUUCUUGGAAGGCAGGCUUAAAUAGGGAACUGUGGUCCUCUCCAAACACUCUUGAUCAGUCAGUCAUCCUGACCACGUCUCUCUUCUAGAGGGUCCACAGAGUCUCUUGCAGAAGAAGCCAGACGACAGCUGUCCCUGAAGGAAGACCUCCAGCACUCAGAAGAAGCCAGACCACAGCUGUCCCUGAAGGAAGACCUCCAGCAAAGUCCAUCAGCUGCAGCGGACCUUGUCUUGCACCUCUCCUCAAGUGCCAAGGCCGCAUUGCCACCAUGAUGCCAGGAAUGUGGCCCCGCAGCCCAACCGACAACCCGCUGCCCUGCUGGGCACCGCAGCCAGAAGGACCCAAGCCUGCCAAGCGCCGACGCCUCCACGAGUGCACCUGCCCGGGGUCGCAGGCACAGCCAGACCUGGAAGCGCCCACCAGGCCGGCCAGCGAGCAGCUCACCACCACCUUGUUCCUGCCUGCUGGCCUUGCCCUGAAACUCCAUCUGGAAGGUGGAGACCCGCUGCUGGAGCCCGAGCCAGAUUCCAUCAGGAGAGUGACGCUCCCUGUUCACACCAUCAUCGUGGUGCCCGACUACGACCAGCCUGGACAGCCUGGCUUCUUGCCCUCCAGCCGGCAGGAGGCUGCUCUCCUGGAAAUGCCCCAGCACCACCAGGUCAGGCCCCAGUGGGGAUCCUCCAGCCCAUCUGUGUCACAUACCCAAGGCUGGGGAAAUGCCUCUGACCCACAGAGAGACACUCAAGAAGGCUUAGGAGACUUCCUGAGGCCUAUGCUAUGGACGAAUGCUCCUGCCGAGCCCGAUUGGGACAUGAGUGUGACGCUCCCUGGACACAACAUCCUUGUGCCCGAGGAUCUCCAGGACUCCACACAGACUGCACAGCCUGGCCUCUGGGCCGCCAGCCAGCUGGAGGCCGCUCUCUGGGAGUUGCCCCUGGACCACCAGGUCAGCCUCCAGCGGGGAUCCUCCAGGAAAACGAUAUUAGACACCCAAGGCUGGGGAAACGUCUCUGACCCCCAUGAAGACUCUUAAGGAGGCUUAGGAGAUUUCCUGAGGCCUAGGCCAUGGAUGAAUGAUCCAGCCGGCAUGGUCCCGGGAAUGCCUCUCCCCUUCACUGGGGUGUCCAGCCCCUUGUUCCCGGGCUAAGUGUCACGUCCCUGGCGUCCAUCAGCCCCUCCCGGUGCAGAGAGAUAUGCUCCCAGCUUCAUCUGGAGCCUCAAAGGCAGCAUGCUGUGGACUCUCCCCAGCUCACCACUGCAGCCUCUCCCUCCAUCUCCCUCUCCUCCUCCAAGUCAUCAGGCACAGGACCCUCAGAGUCAUCAGAAGAUCUGGUGCCCUUGCUGCAAGGCCCGGAGGCGCCUCUUCUAGGAAAGAGAGGACUGCUCCCGUGCCACUCGAGACACCAAAUAACCCAACAUUCAGCCUGGCUACACACAGGUGUUUUUGGCUGUGCACUAUGGAGGAAUGAAGACACUAGAUCUCAGCCCUGAAGUCAAAAUGCUGCCAUCCAGAACCAAUUCCAGUCUUCAUCUCAAAACCUCCCACAUCCCCCUCAUUGACAUCACCGAAUCCCUGGACAGACACUCUCACGGUCCCCUAUUUCAACAGAACCGAGAGCACUGGGCUUGCUAUGCCGCCACUGUCCUUUCUGUGUUCCCCUGACUGGAUGGAGACUUGGCCUUGCCUUCGGGUUCUUGGACAGUUCAAGCUGUUGCUCCUCCAGGAACCAACAAAUACCCCAGUGGGAGAUGGUGGGGGCUAACCCUGAGUGUAUGAUGCUUCUCUGCUAACAAUAUUUGUAAUUCCAACUUCACUUAUAAAUUAAUAAAAUUUGUGGACCCCAGUAUGUGAGGCUGUGUAAAGGAGUUUUUGAGAGAGAGCUGGAGAGAGAGAGAGAGAGAGAGAGAGGGAAAGAGAGUUUGUGUGUGUUUUUCUGUGUGUGUGUGUGUGUGUGUGUGUGUGUGUGUGUGUGUGUGUGUGUAUUAGAGAAAGAGGACAAUAAAACCCCAAGCAAUCUCGGGGACUGUAUGAUCACACAAAUUUUUUGAAAAUCAGCCUGCUAGUGAAGUGGAGGGUCUCACCUUCCCUUACCCUGAGUAUAAAGCAAUAUCGAAUGUAUGAUCUUCAAUAAGAAACAUAUUAAAAUGUCAAUUGCAGGAAAUUCAUUCUGUCUACCCAUAUCAAGAGAAACAGGUAUCUUUAAAAAUUGAAAUAGAAUUAGAUCAAAGAAAUGAACACACACACACACACACACACACACACACACACACACACACACACACACACACAGAGUUAAUUAUGAGUCAAAUCUUGCUGUCAUUCACCUAGGAUAAACAACUGUUUUCCUUUAGCUGCCGUGACGAAUUACUAACAGCUCGGUUGCUCAAGUUACUGGACUUUCUUCUCAGUUGUAGAGACAUAACGUCUGAAAUCAGGGACCACCAGGCUCCUGCUGCAGGCUCCAGGGGCAACUCUGUUUCUUAGUUCCUUUUGCUUUAGAACCAUAUUCCAUCCCUUUGCCUAAGGUGAUGGCAAUGUGUGUUUCUUGGAGGCAGCAACAUGAUGAUCUUGCUUCCUAAUCCAAUCUGCUAGUCUGCAUCUCUUUAUUGGGUAAUUGAGAUGGUAAAUUGUUGUUCAAAGACAUGUAUUAAUUCCUAUCAUCUUGUCACAUUUUCUUAAAUCUCUUUUGAUUGUUCUUAAAUUGUUUAUAUAUUCCUGUGUUCUCUUGUUUUCAUCCUUUUCUUUAGAUCAAAGCAUCCCAGUAUCCUCUUCAGACAUGGCUUAGUGGUCAAACCUUCCUUUAAUCUGAUUUUCUCACAUUUUUCUUCCUCCUUAUAUUACAACUGAUGGUUUUGCUGGGUCCAGUAGUCUGGGCUGGCAUCUGUGGUCAUUCAGAAAUCUCAGAUAGUAAGUCUAAGCCCUUCUGGCUUUUAUCAUCUUCACUGAAAAGUCAGUUGUUAAUCUCAUGGGCUUGCUUUUAUAGGAAACUUGUUUCUUUCUUGAAGCUUUCAGUAUUUGUUGUUUGUUCUGGGUAUUCAGUAUUUAUUACAUGGCCCUGUCUAACUGGUGGUGUGCACAGGCCUCUCGAACCCGAUAGCCAUUUCUCUUUCCUCAUAUUUGGGGGGUUUUCUUCUGAUUUUGUUGAAAGUGUUUUUCUGCCAUUGGGCUUCUUCUUCUCUAUCUACGAUUCCUAGGUUUUGCCAUUUUACAGUGUCCCAGAGUGCCUGCAUAUCAUGGGUUUGGUUUUAUUUCUUUAGAUUUAACAUAUUCUUUGGUUUGGUUAUCCAAUACCCCUACCUUGUCUUUAAGCCUUGAUAUUCUCUCUUCCACUUACGCCAUUUGAUUUACUAAUUUUUUUUUUUCCGACAGGGUUUCUCUGUGUAGUUUUGGUGCCUGUCCUGGAACUCACUCUGUAGACCAUGCUGGCCUUGAAUUUACAGAGAUCCACCUGGCCCUGCCUGUGCUGGGAUUAAAGGCAUGCGCCACCACCAUCCAGCAAUUUACUGAAUUUUUAAUUGAGUUUCAUUUUGGCUUUUCUUCAGAAAUUCUCUUUAUUUACUUCAAUAUUCAUAUGUUGAAUUGUCUCCUUUAUUUCAUUCAACUAUUUUAGUAUUCAUUCAUUGAUAUCCUUUUUUUUUUUUAGUUCCCUCAAUGUAUUUAUAAAAGCUAUUUAGAAAUCAUUUUUUUGUGUGUCAUUAAGUUGCCUUUCUCAAGAAAUCUAACUAUGAGAAUACGCAUUUUUGGAGAUGUCUUAUCGGCUCACUCAUGUUGUUUGCGUUUUGUGGUAGGACCUGUAUCUGGAGUUUGGGUUUGGGGUUGUGUUUCUUGAUAUGGAUAUCUGUUCCACCUUGUUGAGUGGGCACAUGUUGGUUUGCUCUUACCUAACUUGUCAGGUUACAGGCCAGCCGAAUGGUGCUUGGAGUUCCGUCUUGGGGCCACUCAGUGUUUAUGUCCAAAUGGAGUGCAAGUGGAGUCCAUCCUCUCCUGCUCCUAGGUUUCCAAAUACCUGGUCUACCUCUCCAACUUCCCCGACUCCAACACCUUGGUUUGUAAGUAGACUCCUACACAGCUUUUCUGGUGCCUUCAAAUGGUCACUAUCACUGUUUGUGACUUUACUCAUGCCCCACCAGUUCCUCACUCACUUUAGUAUGGCGACAUUUCAUUGAGACUAUUCUCAUUCAUUUCCUCACCAUCAUCCACCGGGUUGCCAGAUCCACUGGUGCCUUGUGUUUUGUAAAAUAAACAUCUACACACCCACAUAGGACGGAAGUCCAGACACCAGAGGAAGAUUCUGUCAAGUCUAGCUUGGCAAACAACUGGGCUUCCUGUUUCUCACAGAAGCAUGGGUGACUCCCAGGCAGCUGGACCACUGGCCAGCCCCGCCCAGUCUGUUUUUACCUCUCAUAUUGAAACAGAGGGAGUGCUGAUUGCAAUCUCCUGGGAGGGUUUUGUGACUCUUCCCCUCCCUCUGAGAGGAAGCAGCAAGGCCCACUGUAUUACAACACACCUAGCUAUCGGCUGUAGUUGGUUUUUUUGGCACCAUGACUGCCAAGAAUCAAGGUCCUUCAUAAACAAUCUGCUUCAAGGUGGUAAUGAUCACGUCAAACCUAAAAGAAAGCUAGAGCCGUGCACAUCAGUUCUCGAACUUUCCAUUGCUUGGCAGUGAUAUGAGACCAUCAGCUUCCUGUUUUAUACCUUCUUGCCUUGCCUCCUACAUUUUAGGGUUUUUCUACUAUCUCGGUCUUGGAUAUGUUUUACUUCCCCGCUCUGUAAUCAAUCCUGACACUAUUGACAAAAUGCCUGAGAGGAACAAGUUAAAAGGCAAACAAAUUUGUUUUUGGUCACAAUUUCAGUCCCAGAUUGGCUAACUGUUACUGGGUUCAUAGUGAGGUCUUAACCACCAAGCCAUCACUCAUGGUUUUAUUCUUAAGUAACAGAUUGCCAAGAGAGGAGAGAGUGAGGGUACUUUUUAAGAAUGCAUUGAGUAUAUAUUAAAAUCCUUUGUGUGUCUGUGCACACGGGGCCAGCGCUGGGAUCAAACACAGCGCCUCCCUCACGCUAGGCAAGCACUCUACCACUAAGCUACAUCCCUAAACCCAAUCAUAAAAGUAUUAUUUUCAGAUUUGUGCAGAGCAUAUGUUACAGAAAAGAAAAUGGCACAUAGGUAUAUUAGUAUUCAUAGACUGUCUUUGUAACCAGCAUUCAGGCGAAGCUAAGAAAAUUACCAUCAGCCUUGAGGUUCCUUUUUUGCCACUUCCGGUCAUUAAUUCCCUCCUAAUUCAGGCAUUAUGUAGACUUCUAAGGCUACACAUAUGUCAGGGGUAUUUUUUUCUUGCCUCUGAAUCUUAUAGAACUCUUCAAACUUGUCUCAAACCAGGUGGAAGGUGAGGGCCACACUUGAGGCUGUCUUCUGACCUCCAUAUGUGGGAAGUAGGUGCCUGCCAUGGAAGACUUUAUAGAAGAGCAGGAAGGCAAACCACGGAAGAGCAGGACUGAGCAAGUCCACAGAGAGGUGCCUUUGUGCACAGGAGCAGUGCUCUCCUCUGAGGGACACAGUCCACGUAAAUGAGAUCUUCUCUUUCUCUCUUUAUUUCCCACACACGAAUGGAAAUAAAACCAUCUCUACACAAACCCACAUUUUAAAUUAAAUUUUUUUUUAAUUAUUUUGUAUAUGUAGAUUUGGGUGCACAUGCCACAGAGCACACACCCGAGGACCAUUUCAGGAUUCAGUUUUCCCUUCUUGGGGAGUGAACUCAGGUUUGCCUGCCUCUGUCUCCCAAGUACUGGGAUUAAAGACAUAAACUGCCACACCCAUAUAAAUGGAAAUCUUUUCAUUUUUAAGUGAUUUAUUUUUAUUUUAUGUGUAUAAGUGUUUUGUCUGAAUGUAUAUAUGUACACCAGAUGCAUGACUGAUAUCCAUGGAGGCCAAAGCAGAGUGUUAGAUCACUGGGGACUAGAAUUACAGACAGUAGUGAGCAGUCAUGUGGGUACUGGGAAUUGAACCCAGGUCCUCUGGAAGAGCAGCAGCAUGCAUUCCUAACUGUUAAACCAUCUCUCUAGCACCUAAAUUAAGUUCUUAUAUGACAUUAUUGGCUUUUUUUCAUGUUUUCGACAGA